GGGUGUUGGGAGGGAGGGACCUGCUCGAGCACCACUUGAACCCGCAGCCAGGCUUAGAAACGCUCCAGACUGCGACUCGACGCGCGGGUGCCUGCGGACGGCGCGCCCACCUGAGGGCUCGUGUGCGCGCACCUCCGUGUUGUAAAAGCAAGGGAACGAACGGGCGACGGGAGCACCAUGCUGGGGAGGACUAAGAAGGCAGAGGACGCGGACAGAGACGCUGUCGCCGAUGACCCCCUCAGGAAACUGGGCGUGCUGGAUGACGAGGACAUUCGGCUCAUGAUGCAGGGCUCCAGCAUGGUGAAGGUGCGAUCGCCGCGGUGGCAGAAGAGCCGCGGCCUGCGGCUGCUGGAGGACGGAGUCACGGUGUGGUGCGAGUCGAGCAAGGGCUUCGGGCGCACAAAGCAGGAGCAGACCUUUUCGGUGACGGAGGUGGAGUGCGUUCGCGAAGGCUGCCAAUCCGAGGUGCUGCGUAAGCUGGCCGGUUCCGUGCCGGAGUCCCACUGCUUCACCGUGAUCUUCCGCGGGGGCGCCAGGAAGAGCCUGGACCUGUGCUGCCAGACAGCGGAGGAGGCCCGGUGCUGGGUGCGAGGAAUCCGCACCCUGAAGGACCGGGUCGCCAACAUGAGCCAAAAGGAGAAGCUCGACCACUGGAUCCGCGGCUACCUGAAGCGAGCCGACCAGAACCAGGACGGCAAGAUGAGCUACGAGGAGGUGAAGCGGCUGCUCCAGAUGAUCAACAUCGACCUGAACGAGCAGUACGCCCGCACCCUCUUCAAGAAGUGCGACCGCUCGGCCGACGGGCGCCUCGACCCGUCCGAAAUCGAAGAGUUCUGCCGCGAGCUGAUGCGGCGACCCGAGCUGGAUUCCAUCUUCCACCGCUACUCGAGCAACGGCUGCAUUCUGUCCACGGCGGAGCUGCGCGACUUUCUCGGUGACCAGGGUGAGGACGCCUCCCUGGCGCACGCCCAGAAGCUCAUCCGCACCUACGAGCUCAACGACUGGGCCCAGAAGCACUGGUACAUGACCCAGAACGGCUUCACCAUGUACAUGCUGUCACGGGAGAACGACGUGUUCAACCCGCUGCACUCGGUGGUGUAUCAGGACAUGACCCGCCCUCUGGCCCACUACUUCAUCUCCUCGUCGCACAACACCUACCUCACCAAGGACCAGGUGACCAGCGCCAGCAGCACGGAGCCCUACAUCAGGGCUUUGAACCAAGGCUGUCGGUGCGUGGAGCUGGACUGCUGGGAUGGUGAGAAGGGCGAGCCGGUGAUUUACCACGGACACACGCUGACGUCCAAAGUGCUCUUCAAGGAGGUCAUCGAGACCAUCUCCCAGUACGCCUUCAAGGCCUCUCCGUACCCCCUGAUCCUGUCCCUGGAGAACCACUGCAGCGUGGAGCAGCAGACCGUGAUGGCCCGUCACCUGCGCUCCAUCCUGGGGGGCAAACUGCUCACGCAGCCCCUCAGCACCCAGCAACUCAAACACUUGCCCUCCCCCGAGGAGCUGAAGGGGCGGAUCCUGAUAAAAGGGAAGAAAGAGAGCCCCCAUCUGGAGAAGACGGACAGCGUCGCCAGCAACUGCUCCUUCGCGGAGGACGAGGCGGCGGCCGAGAGCAAGGGCAAGAAGGAUCCCGCGAAGGCGGGUUCCUCCAAGCUGAGCCGGGAGCUCUCGGACCUUGUCGUGUACUGCCAAAGCAUUUCCUUCAAUGGGUUCGAGCAGGCUGCCAAGAGGCCCCCCAGCGAUAUGUCCUCCUUCUCCGAGAACGAGGCCGCGAAGCACAUCAAGGAGUCAGGAAAGCUCUUUGUUCGCCACAACAGCAGACAGCUCAGCAGAAUCUACCCGUCUGGGCAGCGGCUGCAGUCUUCCAACUAUGACCCCCAGACGAUGUGGAACUGCGGCUGUCAGAUGGUGGCGCUCAACUUCCAGACGCCCGGGGAGCAGAUGGACCUGAACCAGGGCCGUUUCCUGGACAACGGUCGCUGCGGCUAUGUGCUGAAGCCAAACUUCUUGUGCCGCGCUGACUCUAACUUCAAUCCCGAGAACACGGGCGGCGGUCCGGGACACGUCCCCACCCAGCUGACCAUCCGGGUGAUCUCUGCACAGCAGCUCCCCAAACUCAACGCAGACAAGCCCAACUCCAUCGUGGACCCCCAGGUGUGGGUGGAGGUCCAUGGGGUGGGCAUCGACAAUGCCCGUGACAAAACCCACCGCAUCAACAACAAUGGAUUCAACCCAAGGUGGGACUGCACCCUGAGCUUCCAGCUUCAGGUUCCAGAGCUUGCCCUUGUGCGCUUCUUGGUGGAGGACCAUGACCACACCUCCAAAAAUGACUUUGUGGGCCAGCUCACCGUUCCGUUCACCAGCCUUCGUACAGGUUACCGACACAUCCAUCUGCUGAAGGCGGACGGCUCCAGCCUGUCGCCAGCUACUCUCUUCGUCCACAUCAAGGUGUCCCGCAGAGGGGUGGGCAUCAAAAAUGUGUCCGAUCGCAUGAAGUGAUCUCGCCUCGCUAUCUUAGCUACGUCUGCCACGUCCCCAUUAUUGACGCCAUCGGAGGGAGCGUCCCGACAUUGCGCGUCAAGUCUCGGGGGGGGCCUCCGAAACUCCGAGGAAGUCCGAAGCGGCGGCCUGUCCAGUAUGCUCCCUGCGAUCGAUCGGGAAGUGUCCUUACACUCUGCAGGAGAGCGACGUCUCCUUGGAAAUUGCUGAAUCUCCGUACCGUCCACCUGCCUGCGAGUGACCACCUGGAUGGUGGGAAUGCAGGGGGGGUGUAUUUCUGUUUUUUCCAUUGUUCUGCUAGGUGCCUUCAUUAGCUUCAGCUCGCCGGACUGCGGUUGCAUUCUGCCACCACCGUAGAAGACUGCAUGUAAGACACAAAUCAAUGGAAACGACGACCAUGUUUGUCUCUGUACCUGGUCCAUAUUCUAUUCUGGUCCUCUAAUGUAUGACCUUGAGAUGAAAGGUUGCCUGAGUUUUUUUUUUUGUUCUGAUGGACACCGAUGAACUGACCAGUAUGGUGAAACAUGAAACCAGCAGGUGAAGUAUCCAGUCAUCGUGGAAACCUGAAGACCCCCAAACCUAGCGCCUCUAAUGCUUCCUGGCAGAGGGGUGUAACUUUGAAACGUAGGCCUGCAUUUUUUCUUUUGUUUUAAUUCUGGGGGUUAAAAUAGCACAAUCUUAACUUUGUAAUGUCAUGUCAUUUUUUAAAUUUGCCUUUUUAAAUUUAUUUAACGUAACAUCUCUCCAUAUGUAACUUCAACGGUUGUCCGUCUGUACUUAAUGUUGUGAUGUACUAAGGAUUUUAAUUUUUCUUAUAGUUUUUAUGUUUGUCUUGUGCUGCUGACUGUCAGCCAGCUAGUGAAAUCCAGUAAUGAAGACUAAUGUUAAUUUUUCAUAGACGUGUGUGUCUGUAGAUAGCGACAUUUGCACGAGAGGCAUUUCCAGUCUGUAAAAUCUCUUGCUGCCGCCUUUCGCUCGGCCGUCUUCUUCGCGCGUCGGGUGCCUUAACCGUAGCGGACACUGGGCUUCGAGUUGAUGUGCUUUUUGGAUCCUCGCAGUCCGGGCCGUAACCAGUUCUUCGCGCAGCGAGGAGCGACGGGUCUGAGGAUGAAGCACCGCUGAAAACGAUGCUGAAACAUUUUGCCUUAAUUACCAUUAAUGAUUAAAGAAAUAAAACAUCUGUAGGUUAUCGGUGAUGAUGAAAUGGAAGCAAUGUGUAGAUAAUACUUGAUCUUAUCUUGAAGGACUGUUGUAAAAAAAAAAAAAAACAAACAAACAAAUGUUUCA